UGUUAUUCAAGAAGAUUUGGCACAAAAGGAAGAGGAAAAAUUGGAAGAAUUGCGUCUGCAGCUGCAGCGAAGGCAGGAGGAGGAGCGACGAAAAAUGGCCGAGCUGGAUCGGCAGAGAAAAGACAGGGAGGUUGCUAUGCAACGAGAACGCGAGGAAUACGAGCGGGAAAUGAAACUAAAACAAGAAGAGAGAAGGCGGAGGAGGAUUGGAAACGAAAAGAGAUGGAAAGGUUAAGAGUUGUAAAGGAAAAGGAAGAUGAAAGCUUUGCAAGAUCGAAAAAGCUGCAGAGUUUACUCUCGCAGUCCGAUGGAAAUGCCCUCUCCUCCGAUGUGGAUGAUUUUGCUGAAACAAAAGCCGAACGAUCUCUAACUGACAAACAUCGAACCUUCGUUGAAGGUGUGGCGAACUCUGCUGUCAUCGAAAUUCAGAAGGCACAGAGCAGAGGUCAUUUAGCCGGUCGGAGUAAAGAGAUCAAACAGCGGCAACUCGAGGCGAAAGCAGAUUUGGAAGCAGUGCGCUCUAGAACUACAAAGUUGAAUGAACCAGUUUUGACGGCGUCAACCAAUUUGGGAACAUAUUCCGCUCAGCCAAACAAAGUUUCUGUAUCCACCGGAAAUGAAAAAGCCGAACUUAACCCUCGCUUUGAAGAGAGUUCUGAUUGGUCAGCAUCGUCAGAAGACGAGCGUGAUAGGCGAAUGUCGCCCGCCAAAACUCCGCUCUCUGGUGGUGAGACUGGACUGGGUUCGAAUUUGUCACCAGGACUUAGUGCUUCGCGACCGUUGCUACUGCACACUCCCCCUCUCUUAUCUAGUAGUCCAGCGAUCAUCGAUAACUCUCCUGCUUUAAUGCAGUUAAGAAGUUCUCUUCGUGAAAACAAAAGGCAGCUGGAGAAAGCACAAGAAAAAUUCACUUUAGCCGACGCAAAAGCGAAGCAAUUAGAAAGUCAUUCUGACGACUUACAAAGCAAACUUGAAGAAGCUAUCAAUCAGAAGUCGGUUGUAGAGCGAGAGCUGUUUGAAUUGAACGAGGAAAACCGUUUGCUGAAACACGAGUGUUUGAAAUCCGUGGAAGAUAAAAAGAUAGCCGAGGCGUUGAUUGGCACCGUCCGCGAUCAGAUGAAAAGAUCAGAAGAGAAACUCACAAAAGAGAUGAAGUUGCGCAGAGCUGUAGAGGAAAGUGGAAAGAAGUUGGAGUCAGAGAGGGCAAAUAUGGAGAAUGCUUUACGUCACAUCGCUCAGGAAAAUGAAGAUAUUAAAAAGUUGCUGGAACGAGAAAAGGAACAGUGCAGACUGAAGGAUGAGUUAUAUCGAGAACAAAAAAAAAGGAACGAAGCGAUUUUAUUAGAAUCACAAAAGGUAUCUCAAAAUCGGUCUGAAAUGUUGGCAAGGCUGGAGAAUGCCGAUGAAGAUCGCAAGAGCGUUGAAGCAAGCUCAGAGUCUUUCAAAGAACAAUUGAUACAUGCGAAGGGUGAAAUAGGAAGACUUACAUCGCAGCUGGAAAGUCUUUCAAAAGCUUCACAAAACGAGCUGGAGCUUUUCAAAAACCAACUUCAUCAACAAAAUGAAAGAAACAGACGUCUGGAAGAAAGUCUGACUCGUGUUCGUUCAGACUACGACUCUCAGAUGACGCAGAUGCAAUCAGCCAACUUUGAACAACAGAAUAAACUCGAGUCUGAAAUGUCCAAUAGACAUAGCUUGCAGUCUGAGGUGAUGUUAUUGAGAAGUAAACUCGAGAACACGGAAAACGAGCGCGAGGAGGCACACAAAACCAGAAUGGAUGCAGAAAGGCAACUACACGCAUCGCGCGACGAAUUGUACAAGACCAAGAAUUCCCUGGAGAAAGAACUUUCGUCUGUUAAGGAAGCUGGUCGAAUGACGACAUUGAAACUGAACACCGCUGACAAUAAGAUAUCGUCAUUAGAAGCCGAGUUACAAACAGCAAACGUAAUGUUGGCGGAGAGGACUAGUCAAAUGACGAUGAACAUGCAUGAUAUUGAGAGCAAGAGGUCGUCCAUCGGUAAACUUGAGGCAGACUUAAGGGAAGAGAAGGACAAGAACUCUCGAAUUACUGCACGACUUGAAACUGCCACAUACAAAAUAAAAGAUUUGGAGAACGAGGAAAGCAAUCUCCGUCGUCAAUUGGACUUCGCCAUGGAAAAGGUUCGAAGGCAGGAAGAAAACUCGCAGGAAACAGAGAAAAAACUUAAUUCAACAAUUUCUGAAAUGAAAACGGACUAUGAAAAGACAAAAGGAAAGGUUAGCGAGAACGAACAACGCCUAGCAGGCGCCGUCGAAAAAUAUAAAGAGGAAAUGAAACAGAAUUUCCAGAAAUUACAAGAAAAAGAUGAAUAUGCACGACUGUUGAGCCAGGAACUAGCUGAAACUGCUCAAAAACUCUCGUUAGCGGAAUCCUCGCUGGAGAUACAGAAAAAAACUCGGGAUAGUUUGGAAGAAGAACGCGAUCACUUGCGACAAACUCUGAGAACUUACGAAGAACAGAUGACUGUCAAAAUAAGCGAAAACCAAUUAGUCAACGGUCAUGCAACCACUCUUAAAAACGAACUUGAGCACUCUCGAAAGGUAUCUGAAGAAACGAAUCAACGACUGGCCACCACUGCUUACGAUUUAGAAAAUCUUGAGAAAAUUAAGGUUGAUUUACAGGAAGAUGUUGCGAAAUUGAAAGGUGAACGUGUAAAAUUAGAGGCAACACUUCAAGAGGAAAAGGCGAAAACAAAUCUAUUAUUAAAGGAGAUAAAGGAAAGUAAUGAGGGUCGUUCUCACCUCGAGUCUUUACUCUCGGAGAUAAAAUCAUCCAAUAUAAACCUCGAAGAAAAACUUCGGGUGGAGUCUAUAGAUAAAAUACAGCUAGCCCGUGAGGCAGAUGAGGCUAAGAACCUUUGGGAAUCGGAGGUUCGUGCAAGGUCGAAAGUUGGAGCAAAGAUUCUUGAAAUGGAAGCGAAAGUUGAAGAGUGGAAAGCAGCUUUAGAAGAGGAGAAAAAGAAAACGCGAAAAGCUUUGGAAGGUCGGAAAGUGAUCAAAGGAAAGUUGGACAUUUACGAGAAAAGAGCAAAUCAACACGAAAAGGAAGUACAGACUUUAAAGACGCAAGCUAAAACUUACAAACGUCGUUUGAAGGAUGUAUUGAGUGGCGAGAAAAGCCCAACCGUUUUACAAGCUCAAUUUAAUCGUGAUAUCCAACAAUAUGAAGCAAUGAUUUCAACACUCCGUAAUCAGCUUCGUGAAGCAAACGACAAGUUACGCGAAGAAAGCGAUCUUCGGAUUUCUACAGAACGUAAAGGACAGCAGUUGGAAGAAGACUUGGAGUUCAGCAAAGCUCAUUCGAAGGAUUUAUCACGGCAAGUUCAAAAACUGCAAAGAAAGAACGGAUUAAUGGCGGAUGAAAUGCAAGAGCUUAAAGCCUAUUUUGCCGAAAAUUGUGUGGAAAAGACCCAGCUUGAUCAGAUGAAACUCGAUCUCGAGGCUAAGUCGCGUAUUGAACUAAAUCGGAAAUUAGCCGACGUAAAUACUCAUUUAGAGGAACAGGCUUUGGCAAGAGAAGCCUUGGAGCGUUCUCGAAAUGAGCAAGAAGACUUUAGGAUCAAAGAUUUGGAAGAAACCAUUUCUAAACUUCGGAAAGAGAACGACGAAUACAGGUCGAGAUUACAUCUUCUUGAAGCUAAAAAAGACACUGUUGAAGCUGAAGCCGAGCGAUUAAAGGAUAUGUACAAAACUGAAAACAAACGGAAAGAGAAAUUAAACAACCUGCUUUUAGAAGAACGACAAAAAUUGGCUGAUUCCAAUUCAAUGCGGAAUACUCUAGAGAGAUCCCACUCUGAAAAGAUCCUCCGCAACUCCAAUUCAUCUCCAAGAAUACCUCAAAGGACAAAUAUGGAUCAAAAAAGUCCCGGACGCCUCCGCUCCGAGACUAAAGACCUGUUGCUGGAAAGUGUUGACAGAGAACUAAGUAAGAGUAUUAAAAGACAUCUCGACACAAUUCCAGCGAACGACCCCUUAGAUUGGUGGGCGAGCAAAAAUUUCGAUUAUUCGUCAUCGCCUUUGUCAACGUCAAACCGACAGUACCUGGAGACAUUAAAAAGAAAAUAUUUUGUGUGAUGAUUCAAUUAUGGUUUUCUUCGAGCGAUUUCAUCUUUUCUUUCUCUUCAACUAUCCAAGACUGUGUAAAAGUAUGAUGGGUGAAACGGGGCUUGCUUCGCUUAGAAAAGAGGUUGCCUAUUUAGAAAUGACAUGUAGGCCAGAAUAGAAAGGUAUAAAUAAUGAAACUGAAUAUCCUGUGAGGUUUUCUUUCUUUCAAGCGAACGUCUCUCUCACAAAUGCUAUUGUUUGGUGAGCAAAUGGCUGCCUUUUCAUACUGUAGGUAGUUUAAUACUUUGAGCACGACAUUAACUGAUGAACCUAAGAUAUUUUUCUUACCGUGCUUUGUGGCAGAAGAGAAACUUUUGUGCUGCCAAAACCUAUCAGACCUGCCAUGCAAUAUUAUAUUUUGUAAUGUUUCCAUUAAUUUGAAUAGAAUUGUAUAGUGACA